UGGCCUAUAAAACGGUGGAGUGUGUGGGGCUGGCGGCGAUAUAAAUUGAAGAUAAUUUACGUAACACAUCUCAGUCACGUAUAUUUAAUCUUGGCGGGCGGGUGAUAAACUUUGCGCCGAAACGGUCCGACAAUGGUGUCAAUGCAGCGGCAGUGAAAUUCGGCGGGGGUUGGCGGACCUGUUUACACAUAAAGGACCGCAACGGCCGAAAAGCGUUUUCGGUUUGAUUUUAGUUGGCUGGUAAUGACUUAAGUUUUGCUCGGUUGGGGGCCCUGUCCCGCAGCACUCUGAGAUACGAGUGUGCAUGUUCGAGCUUUGUUGGGGUCCAAACAAAACCUUAUUAUGUUUAAUAGUUUACCGCAGUUUGUUAAGAAAAUAUUGGAACUUGUAAAUAGCGGCGGUAUAUGGUAUUUUAAAUUUUUAUUCCAAUAAUUCAGUUGAUUUUAGGUGAAUUCGGAGGUUUGGGCCUAUCGUUUAGCUCACGCCCUUGCUCCUGACACUGACGAUAUGGACACAGUAUGGCCCCAGCAGCACACCGGCACACCUCAGGGAGAAGUCUUGUACUGUUGAUCCUUUGCCUCCAAACUAUAUGUCUUCAAGUUACGAGUGAAUGCGACCAGACGUUUGUAAGUAGACCGGGGAGCGCAUCGAACGGCACCUUUCACGCUCCAGAGUUUGUAAACGUUAAGGGGCACUCGCGCCAGUGCAUCUACACCUUCCUGGCUGGACCGGGACAAAGGGUGGAGAUCGUCUUCACCCAUUUCGCACUUCGUGGGACACCGCCAGAUGGAGCUGCCGUGGGAGACCUGCCUGCUUGUAUACACGAAUACAUGGACGUGUACUCUGAACUAAUCCACCCCGAGACAGCGGAAUUGAUAAACAGCCCUUUCGGGGGCAGGUACUGCGGCCCCAUUCCCCCCCGCAGACGGGUGUCACUGUACAGAGCCCUGGCGCUCAAUUUUCACACUGACAAGAACGUAUCUACGACGGAUCUCUUCAUCGGCAGAUACUCCUUCAUCAACGACUCGGAAUACGAAGUGGGAGUGCCGGUGGCUGGUUCCGGUUCCCCGUGCAAUUUCCUGGUGAAGGGUGCCGUGAAACCUUCGGGCGCCAUUUUGUCGCCCACGUAUCCGGGCGCCUACCCCAAAGCGCUCAACUGCAACUACCAGUUCCUCGGCGUCCCGGGCGAAAGGAUCAGGAUCGAGUUCAGGGACUUCGACCUCUUUUUCGGAGGUCCUCAUUGCCCAUUUGACUUCGUGAAGGUAUACGACGGUCCGGACAAUACUUCGGCCGUCAUAGGCACUUACUGCGGCCAGCAGCGGAACCUGGUCAUAUACUCGUCCGAGUCCUCGCUUCUAGUAACCUUUGUCACCCUCCCUCGCACUGCCAACACUCAAAAUAGAGGCUUCAAAGGCAUCUUCGAGUUCUCAAACUCUUUUACCAAAUUAGAUUUCAUAAGUAAAAACGAUGGUGUGCAUAUCCGCGGCACGGAGUGCGACCAGAAAAUAAUGAGCAAAAAGGAUUCCAGCGGUUUCGUGUUCAGUCCCAACUACCCCUUCCCCUACAUGCCGAAGCUGGUGUGCCGCUACUUCAUCUACGGCAUGCAGAACGCCCAGCAUCUCGAACGCGUCAAACUCGAGUUCGUCCUCUUCGAAAUACCCAAAGGCGCCAAGGGAGAUUGUUCCGAUGGUUAUUUAAAAAUAUACCUGAAGGGCCAAGAAACGACGGAUUCCUACGACAAAUUCGAUUACGAAAUGUGCGGGGAAGAGAGUAAACCGUCAGCCAUUGUAUCCGAUGGUCCUCGAAUGGUUAUGGUUUUUAGUAGCGGAGAACUUGGUAUGGGAAGAGGGUUUAAAGCCAACUAUACAUUUGAGACUGAAUAUCGCAUUCCGGGCACGGCCGCUCCCGACGGCAGCUGCACCUUCGCCUACCGCAGCUCGAGCAAAAAGCGCGGCGAGUUCAACUCGCCCCGCUAUCCUUCCAACUACCCGAGCGACACCAACUGCACGUACACCUUCCUGGCCACCAACAACGAGCAAGUCACGCUGGUCUUCGACAACUUCAAGGUCCGCGCCGACUCGGCCAACUCCACCAUCGGCUCCUAUGGAGUUCACGUGUGUCAGGAAGACUGGCUGGAGAUCUACAACAUGUACCGCGACGGCACCGAGAAGAUGGUGGGCCGGUACUGCGGCCUGACGGCCCCCGGGCCCAUCGAGUCGAACCGCGGCGCGACCGGGCUGAAGAUCGUCCUGCACGCCGACUCGGAGCUGGUGUACAGCGGCUUCAGGGCGCGCUACAGCUUCGAGACGGCCAAGAGCAUCUUCGGCGACUGCGGCGGCAACGUGAGCAGCCUGGACGCGGGCGUCGUCGAGAGUCCGCAGUACCCGGCGGAUUACGAGGCGCCGGCCAAGGGGAUGGCCUCGAAGAGCUGCCACUGGUACGUCACGGUGCGGCCCAAGUACAAGAUCCUGCUCAAUUUCGAGAGGUUUGCCGUCGAGGGAGACCCAGUCGCUCGAGGUUGUCCUGCGGCAGUUUUAAGAUUUUGGAACGACCUGACAGGACUUCCUGUGGAAUUAUGCGGAGAAAAAGGUGCCACUGAUAAGUGGCAAUACCUUUCAGUAUCCAAUGCAAUUCGAUUUAGUUUCGUAAUAGCCGACAAGGCAGUGGGGGCUCAGGGUUUCAAGGCCGUCUGGACGGAGGUGCUGGAAGGUCCCAGCUGCGACGAGUUUCAAUGCGAACAGAGCGGUUUCUGCAUACCGGACAAGCUGCGCUGCAACCAGGUUAACAACUGCGGGCACGAGGACACGUCGGACGAGGCCAACUGCGCUGUGGAAGAACCCCCCGAGGACCACUCCAUAGUCUACGUGUGCGUCAUCGGCGCCAUCCUCGUGGUCCUGGGCGCGCUGUGCAUCCUCUGCCACCGCAAGCGCCGCCGGCGCCGCCGCCUGAGGGGCGGCGGCAUCCACCACCCGCUGCAGAUGCCCGCGGCGUCGACCUCGUCGCUCCGCCGACCGCAACAGUUCUGCGAGGAGCUCGGGGAGCGGUUCGCCAGCGUGGACAGCGUCUGAUGUCGGCUUUUACCCCCUCCCCCCGCUCCCUCCCCGCCUUCCCCUACGGGACAUCCGCCGCGUCUUCGACGGUUACCGGUACCGUCAGCAAUAUGCAAAAUCUACAGGGUCAUCCGCGGUUGUAAAAGUAAUAAUUUUUAAUGGGGUAGUUACAUUUUUUCUGACCUAUACUUUUUAUGGUUUCAUUCAAGGCGUUUUGUAAUAUUAAACAUUUCUGUGAAAUCGGAAUUUCAAUUGAGUUUACCGUUUUCGAGAUAUUUACAAAAAAUAUAAAUUUUUAUGACGUCACAAAACUCGCCAUGUGACCAACAUUCUAAGAUUUCUAUUGGUUGAAAAUUACUCUGUUGUCAAGUUGUCUUGUUAAUGAUUUCAUUCGGUUAUGUCAGAAAAUACCCGAAGAGGUUAUGUACAAAUACUUGAGUGAAAGAUGGUCACCAAAUUCAUUAAGUACCUAUCUUCCUUAUUACGAGGUAUCAUAUUACUGUUUGAUAUUUUAGAGUCCAAGAUAUAUCUAAAAGAAUAUAAAGA